UCUGGCCGCCUACACCCCUGCACUCCCCAGGAGUCUGGGAUUUAACUCCGUGAGGUUCCCUCUUGUUCAGCUUCAGACGGGCGUGCUCUGUUUGCGGUCGCUUCCCUUGCACCUGGGUCCUGGAGAUGCUCCCAGCUGUGUCUUGUCCCAUUCCCCGUCAACAGCGUUUCCUGGGUUUUUUGGGUCAGGUUUUGAGGGACAUUCACCCUGUAUUUCUGUUCCUCUUCUCUCUUCGUUUUGCCUCCUGCUAGUGCCGAAUCCAUUAUUGUCCCACCCCUAUACCUUCUAGGUGACUAAUUUGCCUGCAGUACCUGACUCGAAGCUUUGUAAAGUCUCCCACCCAGUCCUUGUAAUCUCAUCCGCCACUUGCACCAUGAAAUCAUCUUCCAGUCAUCUUCUCUCGCCCGGUCAAGUCACUUCUCUUCUCCGCCACGCCCCCUUUCUCUUCCAGUUUCUUAAAAAUGGAAUUUAGUUGCUUUUAUACCAUAGGAAAGCUCAAUUCCCACGUCAUCCUUUGCCAGCUACAGUAACCCUUUAAGUUCGUUUGGGUGUUGGAGGUUCGGGAUGGGGAAGAGGGGACAUCUCGCAGCCACUCGAUCAAAAGGACAAUAAGUGCUACCAGUUUCUCAAACAAUUAGGUCUACAUCCUAACUGGCAGUUUGUUGAUGUAUAUGGAAUGGAUCCUGAACUCCUUAGCAUGGUACCAAGACCAGUGUGUGCAGUGUUGCUUCUCUUCCCUAUUACAGAAAAGUAUGAAAUAUUCAGAACAGAAGAAGAGGAAAAAAUAAAAUCUCAGGGACAAGAUGUUACAUCAUCAGUAUAUUUCAUGAAGCAAACCAUCAGCAAUGCCUGUGGAACAAUUGGACUAAUCCAUGCUAUUGCCAACAAUAAAGACAAGAUGCACUUUGAAUCUGGAUCAACCUUGAAAAAAUUCCUGGAGGAGUCUGCAUCAAUGAGCCCUGAAGAACGAGCCAGAUACCUGGAGAACUAUGACGCCAUUCGAGUUACUCAUGAGACCAGUGCCCAUGAAGGUCAGACUGAGUCCUCCUCGCCAUCCUCAUCACAGCCUCAUUCUAGCCACUGCAGAGCGAAGGCCUCAUCAUGGUGUCACCAUGCAUCCCUGCCCUGGGUCAAACGUAACCAUGUAGGCCCUGCAAAGGCUACCAGUCCAUCUCUCCGUCUUCGUCGCUGGCGACCCUUCUUACGCCUACCAUCUUUGGGUCUCCAUUCUGUUGUAAGUGUAGUCAAUCUUCCAUCUCUUCUUCCAGUGACAGGGGCAGUCCAUUUUUUUCCCUUAAACUUCUUCAGUCUUCAAAGCGCUUUUCUCUUGGUUCAUCAACCAUUAGCUUUUUCUCCCCCAGUAAGACUGCAAGCAUACCUCUAUGUUUUGCAGUCCAGCUUGAUUCCCACCAGUGCCUUGGUGAACAUCCAUCUUUCCACUCCAUAUAACGCCAACAGGUCUCUGCCUUUUGAUGAGUGCUGAUCGACAUUCAUGAUA